AUGGCUCAUGAAGAGCUUCCUUUCAAAAGGAACUCAUCUAAAUUUUGCACUAACACAGAUAGCAGCAAACAAAUUUCUGGUUUUAGAGAUCUCAUUGGAAACACUAAUAAAGGUCAUGAAGAGCAGCGUAAACAGUUUUAUGAUAGCUAUUUUGAGUCUGAAAAAGAUAAUGUCAAAGAUUACUAUGAUUUUAACACUCCAGCAAAACUGUUAAGAGAGCCUAACUCUUUCCCAACUCUUAGCAUCCAAGAUACAAGAGACAGCUUGAAUAAUAGUAAUUCAAGAGAGUUUGAUGCGUAUGACUCUAAUGGUUCAAACUCGCCAUCUCCAGAGAAUAGGUCCUUAAAUAGAGACAGCACUAAUAGCGGGCAGCUGGUUCCUCAAGGAAUGUAUACCAUGGACAGCAGUCCUAUCUACUACAACACUCAUUGAGCUACUUGCGAGAAGAUUCCAAGCCUAAUUGAUGCUUACAUAGCCUUACUGACUCGGAUCAUAUUCAGGCUAUUAAUUAUUUCUCUCAUUGGAACUGUUCUCCUGACGAUUUACUACGAUGUUGAUAGGAAACUCCAGCUUGAACAAUCCUUAUCCAUGGAGAUAGCAAAUGAGUGAGAGCACAAUUACCACCUGAACAGAUGUGACAAAGAAACUCUUCCUCCCAAACUUAAAGAGGAGUGUAAAAAGUUCUCCAACUGAAUGAACUUUGAAACAGAGAAAAGCUCAUUUUAUUGAAAAAUAGCAGCUGGACUACUUGCUGAAGCCCUUAAUGAUUUCUUUGAAGUACUCUCUUACGACACCAUGGUUAAAUUCUUCCUCAUCCUGGGAGUAUUCAUGUUAAUGGGACUUCCAUAUGCCCAGUAUAAAAGAUUGGCAAUGAAGAAGCUAAAAUGCUCAUAAAUGAUAUUUCUUUACACUUCAAGUUCUUCG